CCCGCGCCCCGCCGGCCCCCAGCGCGGCGAUGUGUCACAUUACCCAAAGAAGUUCAACUUUCUUGUUUCCAAAAAUAUGUAGUAUAUUUUGGCGGUUUCAUCAUACAAGUACAUCCCACUGGUGCAGCUGCAGUAAGACAAUUAGUGAUGAAAAAUACCAAGACCCUUUUCAACUAGGUAGAAAAGACUUGAAGAAUCUCUAUGAAGAUAUUAAAAAGGAAUUGCUGGUCUCUGCAGCAGAACUUAAGGAAAUGUGUGAUUAUUACUUUGAUGGGAAGGGAAAGGCCUUUCGACCAAUGAUUGUGGUGCUAAUGGCUCGGGCUUGCAACAUUCACCAUAAUAAUUCCAAGGAGGUGCAAGCAAGCCAGCGCUCUGUGGCCGUAAUUGCUGAGAUGAUCCAUACAGCCAGUCUAGUUCAUGAUGAUGUUAUUGAUGAUGCAAAUUCUCGCAGAGGAAAAAGGACACUUAAUCAAAUCUGGGGAGAGAGGAAAGCUGUUCUAGCUGGUGACUUCAUCCUCUCAGCUGCUUCUGUAGCUUUAGCACGAAUUGGAAAUACUACUAUCAUCUCUGUUCUAACUCAGGUGAUUGAAGAUCUGGUGCGUGGUGAAUUCCUCCAGCUGGGUUCCAAGGAAAACGAGAAUGAGAGAUUUGCUCACUACCUUGAGAAGACUUUUAAGAAGACGGCGAGUCUGAUAGCAAACAGUUGUAAAGCAGUUUCAAUUCUAGGCUGCCCUGAUCCCAAAGUUCAUGAGAUUGCAUACCAGUAUGGAAAAAAUGUUGGCAUAGCUUUUCAGCUGAUAGAUGAUGUGCUGGAUUUUACAUCAUGUGCUGACCAUCUGGGGAAACCAACAGCAGCAGAUCUCAAGCUUGGAUUAGCUACAGGUCCCGUCUUAUUUGCUUGUCGACAGUUUCCAGAAAUGAAUGCUAUGAUAAUGAGGAGGUUCAGUAAGCCAGGAGAUGUUGAACGUGCACGGAAAUAUGUGUUGCAGAGUGAUGGUGUGCAGCAAACGACCUACCUCGCCCAGCGCUACUGCCACGCCGCCACGCGCGAGAUCCGCAAGCUGCGGCCGUCCCCCGAGAGAGAGGCCCUCGUCCACCUGACAGAAAUGGUUCUCAUGCGAGACAAGUGAGAGAGCUCUUUCCACUCAUUCUGGCAGCUACUUACCAGACUGUGCCUAAAUUUAUUUCAAAAGUUAUUUGCUUCCAACACAAGCUACCAAAAAUUAUUUUUUUAAAAAAAAAAAUCUCUUUUUUUUUUAAGUUCUUUUUUUUUUAAAAACAGAAGUUUGAAGUCUUUUACUGCAGGAAGCCAUGCAAUUCAGAGUAAAUCGAACUGUGCUGUACAAUUGUUUUAGCAGGGGCUAUUGAUUGUGGGGGAUGGGGAAGAUGUUUACAUGUUGAUGCACAAAGGCCACAAUGAGAAUAAAUAUAAAUCAGUGUA